ACUGCGCGCAAGGACAUUGCAACUUUAUCCCUAUCUGGAUUGAAAGUGGAGUAUAGAAUAAAUAAUGUGCAGAUAUAGUUAAGGGCAAAAUAAAUGUUGGUUUGACAUCGACACAUAAGAUACAUGUUUUGGACACUCCAGAAAAGUGCCUUCGAAGUCUGCAUAUCCAUCCCUGUUGUAUCAUUCCCUGUGGCUGACCUCUCUGCUCCAGCAUGUCUCGAGUGUCCUCCACCCCCAGGUACAGCCCCAGCUCCAACCCCCUGGGCACCUACAGCACUUACGAGCCCACCAUGAGCUACCCCCGUAGGGGAUCAGAGCUUCUCCACCUCGGGUUCCCAUCUUCCUCCAUGUACGCCAUCUCCACCUCCAGGAACCUGGGCCUCACCAGCCCCAGCCACAACCACAGGGUGCCAGAGAGGGGGAGAGCCCAGCUACCCCUCCCCAGGAUCGAGGUCCCCCAGGCAAGUCGGCGCAGUGAAAGCUUCAGCCGAGCCCUGGGGGCCACCAACAAAUGGCGGCCGGUUGGGGAGCGUAUUAACACCAAUGGGGGUAGUAGGGGUCUCUCGCCAACUCGUCCGGCGUACCUUAUGGUGUCCACCUCGCCCUUGUCGCGCCGGCAUCGCUUGGUCAGCCAGUCGGCCCUCACCCAGGACCUGGCCUCCAUGGGGCUGUCGGACCAGCAGCCCUGCCCUGCCAUCAGAGGACGGAGUCCAGCCAGAGCUGACUACUAUAGCUUUCCCUACUGGGUCUCUGAGAACUCCAAGAGUCCUCAAGGCCUGGUGGGACUGAGAAACCUCGGCAACACAUGUUUCAUGAACUCAAUCCUGCAGUGUCUGAGCAACACUCCUGACCUGAGGGACUACUGUCUGAGGAACACGCACCGCACCGACCUCAACAACAACUGCAGGGCCAAGGCCGCUCUCAUGGAGGAGUUUGCCAAACUCACUCAGACCCUAUGGACGUCAGUCAGCAGCGAGGCCAUCAGUCCCUCAGACUUCAAGACCCAGAUCCAGAGAUACGCGCCCAAAUUUGUGGGAUACAAUCAGCAGGACGCUCAGGAGUUCCUGCGUUUCCUAUUGGACGGCCUUCACAACGAGGUCAACAGGGUCACAGUGAGGCCCAGGCUCCCGGCCGAGGACAUUGACCACCUCUCUGACAAUGAGAAAGGGAAGAAAAUGUGGAACAAAUACCUAGAGAGAGAAGACAGCAAAGUGGUCGAUCUGUUUGUUGGCCAGCUGAAGAGCUCUCUGACCUGCAGUGAGUGUGGUUACUGCUCCACAGUGUUCGAUCCAUUCUGGGACUUGUCACUACCCAUCGCUAAGAAAGGUUCAGGGGAGGUGAGUCUGACAGACUGCAUGCGAUUCUUCACCAAAGAAGAUGUACUGGAUGGAGAUGAAAAACCGACAUGCUGCAGGUGUAAAGCCAGAAGGAAAUGCACUAAGAAGUUCACUAUCCAGAAGUUCCCCCAGAUCCUUGUGCUUCACCUCAAGCGCUUCUCAGAGAACCGCGUCCGAACCAGUAAACUCUCUACCUACGUCAACUUCCCCCUCAAAGAGCUGGACAUGAGGGAAUUUGCCUCCGAGAACAGCAUGAACGCAGUGUAUAAUCUCUAUGCGGUGUCCAACCACUCUGGGAACACGCUGGGUGGCCACUACACAGCCUACUGCAGGAACCCAGCCCUGGGGGAGUGGUACAGCUACAAUGACUCCAGGGUGAGCCCCAUGUCAUCCAGCCAGGUCCGCAGCAGUGAUGCCUACGUGCUCUUCUACGAGCUGGCCUCCUCCUCUCAUUCACGCCUGUGAAGCUACAUGUCAUGGACAUAUAGGCUACGUAAAGCCUGGCAGCCUGGUCAUAUGGAUAAUAUAUGGACUACAUAGAUCUACACAGCACCUGGAUCCUAUGCAACGAGCCUAAAAGGCCUGUGUCUGGUCUGAUAGUUGAUUUUUGAGCCUUGCUCUGUAUAUAUGUAUACAGUAGCCCUUGGCACCAUGGAUUCAGCUACAACACAUAGGCUGCACUUCCAGGAUACAGAUAUUGAGUUGAUGUUCAACCAUAGCUGUUCUCCUGGGGACGUUGGGAAGAGUGGGUGUGUGCGUGCGCAGUCGCCAUGCCGACAGUGAAAAUAUAUAUUUUUUAUGCACUACAACGAGGUCUCUAAGACCCUAAACCGGAGUUUCGGCAUUCACUUCAAGGUCACCACUGAGACAUGAAAGACUAUCACGUAACCUUCUGUUCUGUAAAUUAUUCUAUUUAAACAAAUGUCACCAUAUUUGUGACUUUAGAGAUGGAUGGAUGACUCUAGCACCAUCUGGGGUAGAACGAGGUCAGUGUUUGUCAAUGCGUGUAUGUACAGUUGUAAAAGGCUUAAACAUAACUAGGAAUUACUUCAAACAGUAUUUGACUUGGGUUCCUAUACUAUUUGAAACUCUUUCAAAUACUUUGAGCUUUUGCUUAAGCCUGCCUGGGGUGCCAGGUUUGCAGGGUUUGCAGAGCACGUUUGGGACUUUUCCAUAUGUUCCAUUGCAACAGGAGAGCUUAAUCAAGCACAGCUAAAGUAUUUGUAAUGAUUUUAAAUAGUAUUUGAACCCAGGGUCAUAUUUAUUAGUGUAAAUAAUAAAGGGUUUUUUUGC